GCGACGUUGCGAGUGGAUGAUGUCAUUUCCGGUUAACGUUGCGAGGGUAUGACGUUUAUUUGUAGAUAAGCGCUUGCGAGUGGAUAACGUCGUUGUAAGCUCACCGUUGCGAAGUCGAUGACGUGUUUGCGUGUCGCCGUUGCGAGUGAUAUAGACGUCAUUGUAGAUGAGCCGUUGCGAGUGUGUUACGUCAUCGCAGAUAGCCGCAGCGAGUGGAUGACGCCGUAGAAACCGCCGUUGCGAGUGGAUGACGUCGUUGUAGAUGAGCCGUUGCGAGUGUGUUACGUCACCGCAGAUAGCCGCAGCGAGUGGAUGACGCCGUAGAAACCGCCGUUGCGAGUGGAUGACGUCGUUGUAGAUGAGCCGUUGCGAGUGUGUGUUACGUCACCGCAGAUAGCCGCAGCGAGUGGAUGACGUCGCUGCGAGUUGAUGACGUCAUUCGCGUGUUGCCUUUGCGAGUGUGUGACGUCACGCCGACGCGUGUACAGUGCGAGGACUGUAAUUGCCACGGUGGUCGCAGCGAUAAGCGCCUCCCCUAGGUCGACUGGGCCUCAAAUCAGUAACCCUGUGGUGCGGUCUGGUGUGCAGCAAACGUCGCCACUGGGGGGGGAGAGAGGGAGAGACAAAGGCGGCCGGGCGUGGUGGUCGCUAACAGCACUUGCCCCAGCGGCCUGUUAAGAGGCUACACGGGGGACCUUUGUCUUUGUUGUUGUGGUGGUUGUUGUUGUUGCAUCAACAACCACAACAACCACCACCAUGGUGAGCGUGGCCGGUCGAUCCCGGGAGGCCGUCGCGAAGUCCGACCUUGAGGUGAAGGCCCUUGUGCAGGAGGUGGUGAAGUCCGACCUUGAGGUGAAGGCCCUGGUGCAGGAGGUGGCUCAGUGCGCGGGGCCUCUCGCCUCUCUCACGGCGCUCAACGGACGGGCCAAGGAGCGGCUCCAGCGGAUGCGCUCCCUGAUCGAGCGCCUGGAGCGCUGUGCCCUGGAGCAGGACCGCGAGUCCGCGCGCCGCGCGUUGCUGGCAGACGCCGGGGCCCACCGGCGCCAGCUGCUGGCCGGGCAGACGGCCCUGCGCAGAGCCUCGCUCGCGGCCUCCACGGCCCUGGGGGCCAGGGCCAGGGACGCUCUGCUGAUGCACAGGGAGGAGGAGGAGGUGGUGGGAGGAGGAGGAGGAGGUGGAAGAGGUGGAGGUGGAGGAGGUGGAGCGAGGGACGGGGGAAGAAGCGACGGCGGUGUCGGAGCGUCAGUAAGGAUGGAGGCGCGGCAGCGGAGGGCGGCUAAGGAGAGCCUGGCUAGGAACACGAGUGACAUCACGGAGUCUCUGAUGAACGUGAGCCGCAUGAUGACUCAGCAGCUCGCCAGAGGAGAGGAGACCGUGACCACUCUUGCCACCUCCUCGCAGGUGCUGCAGGGCACGGGCGAGGAGCUGAAGGCGAUGAGCGGCACGCUGCACCUGAGCCACCGGCUAAUCACCAAGUACCGCCGGCGCGAGGUGACGGACCGCCUGCUGGUGCUGCUGGCGCUCGCCCUCUUCCUAGCCACUGUCGCCUACAUCCUCAAGAAGCGAAUCUUCCACUUCCUCUGAAGCUGCGGCGGCGACGACGGUGGUGGUGGUGGCGAGGGUGGUGGUGGUGGUGACGAGGGUGG